UUGUAAGUACCAAGCAUCUAAACGGGAGUGGAACAUAUCAUUUUAUCCAGAUGAUGAUGUGUUCAAGUGUUCUUGCAAGAAGAUGGAGUCAUUUGGCCUCCCAUGCGAGCAUAUUAUUGCACUAUUGUUUUUUUUUUUUUGAUGUUGCAGAAUUGUCGAAGACUCUGGUAGCACCUAGGUGUACAAAGAAUGCGAAGGAAGUAGUAUGUAGCACAAAUAAGCCUCUUCCAAAAUAUUGGGAUUCACAUAAGUCGUCUAGAUAUUCUGCUCUUUUGUUUCGAUAUAUGCGUUUGAGCAAAUUAGCAAGUGAGAGUGGUGAUGAUUUCGAUGAUCAUAUGGAGCAAGCUGCUGCUGAUAUUCAGAAAUUGGAAACAAAGAUGGGUUUACAUGAUGGCGGAGCCACUGAUUCAAGUCAAAGUGACCAUGAGAUAUUGAGGGAUCCUGCUCCGGUAAGAAGUAAAGGAUGUGCUGCUUUAGCUUCGUCACGUACUCGGAAGAAAAGGAAGCGAACUCGGUGUUCUACUUGUGGAGAAGUCGGGCAUAAUAAACAAACGUGUCCAAUACAUCGACAUCAUGCUAACACGACACAUUCACCACAUGUAGAUCAUCACAACAAUGACUUCAGUGACAACUCUUUGUAUGAUGAUCUUGACUGAAUUGUAAAAGUGCAUUUGCGAAAGAAGUGUGAAAAGUGAUGCACCUUGUGUGGUUGAUGAGGCAUGCAUGUGAGUCAACAUGGAUCCUUUCAAGAGACCAAUCAUCAGAGAAUUUGUUGAAUGGCUAAAUAAAGAAUGUUCAUAGAAAUAACAACUAGAGAAGAGGAACAUUUGUGAUUCGAUAAAAUACGUG